AGCUGUGCUCGGGCUGCACCAAGAAUCGGUCAGUCCAAGAGUCAAAGUCAUCUCUUGACUCCCCCAAACUUAAUCGAACACACCAACCCCAUCUCCUCCCUCAACCUCAUCUCUUCCCCCCACAAUCUACCCGCCCCACUUCGCCCUUGAAGAUCUCCCCGAUACAUAUACACAAACCCUCCGAUAGGUCCAUACAAUCCUCCCCCGCCACCAUGUCGAACCAACUACAGAUCAGCAUUCCGACCACCUCCGAGUCAGCCGAAGGCGGAAGCAAACAGUACACGCUGUACCACAUCCUGUGGCGCCUUCCCAUGCGCAGCAACUACGUCAAGAAGCGCUACAACGAUUUCACCGCGCUGCACAAAGACCUCGAGACACACACGGGGCAGUCCCCACCACACCCCAUACCUCCCAAGCACUACUUCGGCAGCACCGUCGGCAACCCAGCGCGAACCGAAGAGCGUCGCGCCGCGCUCGAAUCCUACCUGCACGCGAUCCUCUCCUCGCCCGACAGCCGGUGGCGGGACUCGCCGGUCUGGCGAAGCUUCCUCGCGCUGCCUGCCGCAGCGGUCGCCGGCGCAUCGGACAACACUUUCAGCUCGCGACUACCCUCGGGGCCGAUCACGGAUCCCACGCACUGGCUCGACUCUCACCGCGAGCUCAAAACUCUCCUCCACGACGCGCGCAUCUUCCUCAGCAAGCGCGACGGCGCGAACACGACAGCGGAGCAGCACGAGGCGUCCGCCGCUGCCAAGCGCUGUCUCGUCAAGGCGUCAGCCAUCAUCUCAGCGCUCGAUCAGGGCCUGCAAGCCGUCGCGCUGGCCCAGCAGCGCGAGAAAGAAAAAUCCCACCACCCGGACUACCUCCUCGACGGCGAGAUCCGGCGGCGCCGGGACCUCGUCGCCGCCGCCCGCCAGGAACGCGACGCCCUAGAGUCGCUCGCCAGCGUUAAGCGCCACGCGAACAACAAUCAAAACGCCUCCCACCCCACAGCGACGGCAGAUAAGUCCUCGCUGCUGUUCUCGGCACGCGCGGGCGGCGGCCGCGUCCUCGGCGCUCCUCUGCCGGAAACGGAGCGCACGAGGGAGCUGGGCAAUGAUGGCGUGCUGCAGCUGCAGAAGACUAUGCUGCAGGAGCAGGAUGUCGGCGUCGAGUCGCUGUUCAACAUUGUGCGAAGGCAGAAGCAGAUGGGGCUCGCGAUUGGUGAGGAGCUAGAGACCCAGAAGGAGCUCCUGGAGAGGCUGGGUGAGGAUGUUGAUAGGGUCGAUAAGAAGACGAAGAUCGCGAAGAAGAGGGCCGAUAGGAUAUCAUAGGUUCUGGGUGCUGUGUGAUGUGUGAUGUGUGAUGUGCGAUGUGUUCUGGGUUCUGUGUGCUGUGGUUUGUCACGUGUGUAGACUGCGUUUGUUGGCUUGCUGGUUUGUUGGCUUGGUGCGUUAUUGAUUGGUUGAUUUGAUUGAUUGGGCUUGGUGGGGGAGUUUGGUUUCGUCGUCUCAUUUGCAUGUGUGUGUCUAUAGUCUAUAGUAUAGUGUCUAGCUGCUCGUUCAUAUUCGUAUCGCAUCUUGCGUCUUUGUAAGUAAGUAAAGGGGAGGUUACCUUGGGUCUUUGGUCUUUGGUCUUUGGUUAAUAUUUUGUCUGUCUGUCUGUCUCUUUCGGUGUAUUGAUGAUCUUGUCUACAUGUACUCUACUUAGGUUACUGCCUACAUUACAACUCGUGCGGUGCUUUAGAUGUUACACCUGCAAAUUCUCACUCGAUGGACAGUCAC